UUUGCACGAUAUCUCCAGCCGACAUGCCUUCUUUUAUAGACCAAGAGACAUUCAUUUUGGCGCACUCAGCUGUCGCGAGCUUCUCCAGCAAGAUGGUGGGUGCGGCGUAUGGAAAGUAACUACUUGGGGACUUGGUUGAAUCUCUUGGAAACAUUAUGCUUCACAAGACCAUGGACUAAUUUGUGCUGAUGAGUAUUUCUCUGGCGCAAAACUGAAGGAUUUUAAAGUACAGACAACUUGAUUUUAAGCCGGAGUAGCAACAGUGGAGGAGAGAAGUUGUACAGUUUGUGGACUUUAAAAGUUGAAAUAUUGAACAGCUUUCACUUCAAAAGUAGAGUUCUUAAAAGACUUCUGAAACAAACUUUUACCUAGUGAAAAAAGGAGACGGUAAAACUGAUCGAAAUGAAGCCUGACGGAACAUUUGUGCUGACGUUUAUGCUUGUCACUGUUGUUGUUUUGCCCUGUGCUUUAACACAGAUCGACAUUCUGAGAGACAUUUUGGAUGAUGCCAGUGACAAUGAUGGACGAAGCAGCAACGGUACCUUGAAACUUAACGAUAUUCUAGAAGCUGGUAAGAAUGUCGGUGGUGAGUUGAUUGAUGCUUUGCCAGACGAUGUAAAGAAAGUCGUGGGUGAUUUGGGCGAUCAAGCACUAGACGAACGGAUGGCUAAUGUAAACAAAGAAAUGAAUGACAUUGUGGACGAUCUUGAAAACUAUUUUAACAAAGCAGGAAAUGACCUUGGGUUAAAAAAUCUACCAUUUAACGUCCCUGACCUUCUGAGCAGAGUUUCUGGAAUUUCUGGUGGCAGGUUGCAGCAGAAUGUUCAGUUCUUUUUGGGUAUUUUGGACAAUUUAUUCAGGUCUGGAAACCUUGACGAAACGACCAAAGGAGCAGACGACCUCCUAGACAUUCUGUCAGAUCUGGAUAUGUUUACCGAAUCGGCCUUAACAACAGCAAAUUUGCCAGAUUCCGUCAGUUUGCUUGAUUUAGUUAGUCAGUUUCUCUACCAGAACAGAUUUACUUUAUCAGAAAUCCUAAAUAUAAAUGAGGCCAUUGACGACGACGUUGCCAUGGGCAUUUUGAAGAAGGCUCUGAACGACACAGGAAUAACACUCACAGAGACGGAGCUGUCUGCCCUCCUCCAGACCGCCAGGGAAGCUGUCAAAGUUGUGCGAGAUUACACGGGCAAAAACGCUUCCACACCAUUCAGUUCAGAGGAUGUUGGGGAACUGUUCGAAGUUUUCCGCCAGAAUGCCGUGAGCACUGAUCUGGAGGGAGUAGUCCGUUGUAGCUUAAUCCGACUCACGCUGGAGGAAUCGUUGCAAGAUGAGGUGAGAAACGAAUCCGACACAUCACACACGAAUGUCAUUCUUGACUCUGCCAUGACAUUCAUGGGAUGUCCUAAUAAUGAUAAAGUUCUCACCCGAAUUCUUAACGACCUUAGUAACACAAGCCUUGUCACGAAAGGGACAGGUUUUAUUCGGAGCUAUCUACGGAAAAGGCUUGCUGAAAGCAUUUUGAAAACACAAGUUCAGAUUCUGAUUAACACCACGCGAGCUGUAAGGGAAAAAGUUGAAGGUUUCGUAGAGUCUGUACGAGUCCUCAUAAAGAAUACAUUCAACGGGUCAGAAUUGACCCCAGUGCGGGCAAUGAUGGAGAAGUGGGUGGACACACUUGAAACAACGCUUCAGCGAUUUGUCUUCAGAGAUGAAAAGCUCGGUAACACGUUUACUCAGGUUCCUACUUUAUGGGUACCCCCCACGCCUGCUACAAACGGGAGCAGCACCGUGUUUACAAUAACUACAGAUGAAAUGCUAUUCCCAUCAACCGUCAUCUCUGAGAAUUCUUUCAAUAGGAUCCCGUCUUUUGGGAACGCUUUUGACAUUUUCGACCAAAAUGUCCUUAGUGACAUUGUAGGAGGAGCUUUACAGAGAAUCCAGAACGUCAACCAAUCAAUGACUAAAACAGUGUCUAUGAUUGGGAAGUAUAUCGAGAACAGAACCACCACAUAUAGGAAGAACGCCAUGAACGUCGUGCAAAAGUUUCUAACGUACCCUCUGCCAAACCUUGUUCUUACACAAUCCGUCAAUCUCCUUCAAAACUGGCAAGCCCUAGAAUCACUGCUCAGACAAAUCCCGAAAAUUUCUGAGUCUGAGAUCAGAAACGUCCGAGCAUUAGUUGACAUUUUGACAUCGUCUCCGUUUUUCAGACAACUUUCCGAUCAGAUAAACCGCGUUGACACUUCAAAUAACACGGACAAUAAAGGAUCACAUGGAGAUGCUCAGCGGGACAUCCUUAAUAUGUUCUCCGACGGAAAACCUCGCGAGAUACCCAGUGUCGAUAACGUCUUUGAAUUGUUAAAAAAUUUACCAAGUCAAAUGUCAAGUUCCUCUGGUAAUGGAGAAAACUCCAAGGGGAAAGUGAAUGAGGAUGAUUCUGUACAUUCAGAAACUGAUGAAGCAGUCAAUAACACAGCACCCGAAGUACAAGCUUUAGUUGCAGGCCCAACAAACUCGGUCAUCCAGAAAUUUGUAGUGCCGAACCCUGGUUCCGCCUUGAUCAUUCUGGGUCAGGUGUUGUUCCAGAACGUCCUACAGAAAUUAAUGGAGGUCAUCGAGAUUGACCCGAUGACAGUGGUCAGUGGACUCAUCAACGUGGCUGCCCAGAACGACUCCAUCAUCUCCAGAGUGGUGCCCGCUCAGACGUUGAAGACCAUCGCUGACACGGUCACGCCAGUUCUUCAGGUCACGGACGCAGUAAUUGCCUUGACCCAAAUCUUCAGCACCAGUUACAAGACAUCACAGCGCUGUGCUAACGAACGUGCGGCUGUCGCCUUUGGACUGACCAACUUUGAGCCAUGGGCCUUGACCUUCAUUGACGCAAUGGGGAAGCCAAUGACAGGAGUCCUACAAGGGAACACUUACCUGGUGGGCAACUUUGACCAGUGUGUGGCUAUCGCAGGUCGCACAAGUUCCGGUUACGUCAUUGGGGGAAGUUUCGUCAGGUACAGGUUUUUCAUCGACCUUCCCGUGCCCAGUAUGGCUGGAGAGGUGCCGUACCAGAGGAGUGGACCUCCCUUCAUCAACUGGCAGCUGUGUCUCCCCUCAGGGUGUUCCGACCAGGACGUGGCCUCCAUUGGGCGCGAAUUAGGAAAUCGCCUUAGUAUGAAAAUGACGGAGUCGGAGAUUAUUACCAAGAGACAGCCAUGGAAAGAUUCACUUUUCAUCGCUUCUGUAGUUGUGUUCCUUGUUCUUGGCCUUCUUUGUCUGGUUGGAACUAUAACUGACGUCAUGAUCCAAAAGUCUGAGUCCAGGAUGAAGGCUGAAGACACUAUGACAGGUGAAGCUGAGUAUCAAUGCCCGGGAAGUGAGCUGUUGUCCCAGAAGCUACAGGAGACCCACACUAAUCCUGAAUACCCCGCUCAAGACUCACCUUCCCAAAUGUGUGAAUCCACAUCUGUGCAGGCCUCAACACAAUUGUACAAACCCAACUUGUGUACACGAUUUCUCUUGGCUUUCUCUCUGUACACAAACAUCCCUGACGUCAUGAGGUCAAAGCACAGCCCUGGAGACAUCACGUGCUUGCACGGCAUCCGGGUCAUCAGCAUCAGCUGGGUCAUCUUGGGACACACACUCGUCUUUGCUCCUCAGUUCGUGGUUGUCUUGUAGCUUACAUCUUCUUACGAGCCGCUAAAAAGGCCGGGAGAAUAAAGCCCAAGGACAUGGCUCUGUACUACCUGCACAGAUACCUCAGAAUCACUCCCUUGUUUGGCCUUGCGAUGCUGCUCUACGCUGGAAUCACGCCAUAUCUAGAAUACGGCCCUUUCCAGACAACUUUGCCAGACCGGGACACCGACUGCAGUGAGGUCUGGUGGUGGAAUCUCCUGUACAUCAGCAACUUAAGGAACGACAUGAAAUCAGAAUGGCCUAGAUUACUUCAUCUACGUGUACAUCAAGCCUUACACCAGGUGUGGCCCUUACGCCAUCGGUCUUGUCCUUGGGUACUUGCUGUUUUCAUCAAAAUGCAAGGUUCGGUUGUCAAAGGUGGUGUCCUUCAUUGGUUGGCUUCUGGCCUUCGGUAUAAGCCUGACCUUGGUGUACAUAACCUACGACAAUUUCAAGGACGGCGGUAUCGCGUCUCUCUCCUGGAGUGAUGAAGCCUCGAACUCUUUUGAGAUCGUGUCUCGGCCUCUGUGGGCCGUGUGCAUGUCCUGGGUGAUCUUUGCUUGUGCCACUGACCACGGAGGUGUGGUGAACAGUUUCCUUUCUUGGGGUGCCUGGAUUCCGCUGUCCCGACUCACAUUCGGCACCUACCUGUCGCACGUGAUGGUCAUGCAUUAUUUCAACAACAACGCGAGGAGCUUGGCUUAUGUUACAGCCAAUUACAUGGUUGAGCGUUACCUGGCAGUGUUUGUCCUGUCGUACGCCAUCUCUUUUGUCCUGUCCAUGCUUAUCGAAACUCCGGUCCGCAACCUCAUAAAACCGGCGAAAAAAUCACCAGCCCCAAAUGUGGAGGGAAAGAAAAACCAGCCAAAUUCAAACACAUUUGAACCCGUUCUUUCAACAAUAACCACUGAAUCGGGAGACUGCCAAAAUCUGAAACUUUCCAAACCGGCAGUAUUCAGCAUUCAAAACGACUACACAUCAUUUCUGGGCACUGGCGCCAAAUCUGGUAACGACGAGGACUCUGCCUUGUCGUCUUCCGUUCGAAGCUCGGAACCAUCUCAGCGGGGCGCUCUUACCGACACAGAAAGCGGCCAUCAUUACUAUUCGGAUCUGUCGAGGAGUACGAGCUCCAGUGAGAUGUCUGAAGGGUACCCAGCCUUGGAGGAAAGUCGGGUAACUUUCAGUGAUGAUCCCAGUCGGGAGGCUAAUGGUAGCCUCCAAAAGGUUUCCAACACCCCUCAAACCGGAUCGGACCCGGAACAGAGUCGCCCGACUUUGAACGGUGAGCCGGAACAUGGCGAGAUAAAAACAGGGGAAGAUAAUCAUGGGUUCCAGGUCGACGAUGCUGUCACUCUCAAAGCGCCACAGGAAGAGGGAGCCAGAGAAGCUAAAAAUAGUAACAUUGGAGGAGAUAAUGCUGUUGCUAUCCGGAUGUGAUUCAAACAGCUGCUGCUUUAGAUUCUGAUUACCUGUUUCUUGUUUUAUCUAACUAGCUCUCUCUAUCAAACUAAUUUCUUUCUUUCUUAAUCCCCCCCCCCUUUCCACUCUCUCUU